CCUGCCCUGCGCGCCCAACCGCCGCCGUUUGAACGGCGCCAUGGCUGCCGGCGCGGAGGGUGCGGCGGUGCUGCCCGAGGAAUGGCGGCUUUACCUCGUCUCCACCCGCGCUGCCACCUUCCGCAACUGGCCCUUCACCGAGAGCUGCGCCUGCACGCCCGAGCGGAUGGCGGCGGCAGGAUUCGUGCACUGUCCCGUUGAGAACGGCCCCGACGUGGUGCAGUGCUUCUUCUGCCUCAAGGAACUGGAGGGCUGGGAGCCCGACGACGACCCGCUGGAGGAACACAAAAAACACUCCACGAGCUGUGCUUUUCUCUCCCUUAAGAAAGAUCCUACUAACCUGACGCUGCAGGAAUUCCUAAAGCUGGACAAAGAAAGAAUGAAAAAUUCAAUUAAAAAACAAAUUUCUCAGAAGGUGACUGAGGUGGGAGAUGCCGCCAGCAACGCUCGUCAUGAAAUAGAGAAGUUUGACUCUUAGGAUACAGUAUCUUCUCACUUGCCAUUGACAUCUGUCUUGUGUGUGUGCUCUGGCACUGCCACUUUGACUGAAUGACUUUCCCAAGACUGCUUUCAGAAUGGCCAUCUCUGAGAAGACUGAGUUCUCCUUCACUCACCUGAGUCUGUCUGGGAACUAUGGGGUUUGAUGCAGUGCAUGCAUCAUUUUUUUCUGCAGGGAUUAUCCUGUUCUUUCUCUUGGCUUAAUUAAGAAUGACUAAUUGUGGGUUUGGUUUUUU